CUCUGUGGUAACAUGCACAACCCCUGUCGCUGUGGCCCAAAGGGGUAAAACGUCAACACAGUCCCCUGACCAAGUCCAUUUGGGUACUUUUGCAUUUCACCAGUCUGGCUGAGUCGAAUAGACACGGCGACGGACCCCAAUAAGUCCCGUCUGGCAGUUCUCACGGUCCAAAUUCCUUAAUGAUCUGCUGCCAAUCAACAUGGCUUGACCUUGAAGAAUUGAAUCUGCUACCAGUGCAUUGCAUCCAAUAUGGGUAUCAAAGGGAUUUACAAGGAGAUUGGCCCGGGCAAGCGGGUGUCCCUCUGCAAGCUCGCGGUUGACCACCUCGAAAAGACCGGGCGGCCACUCCGCAUCGCCAUUGACUUUGCAAUAUGGUCAUUCCAGGCCCAGGCCGCGCGCGGCGGGGCAAACCCGGCCGUCCGCACCCUCUUCUACCGCCUGGUCCGCCUGCUCUCUCUGUCCAUUGUCCCCAUCCUCGUCUUUGAUGGGCCCAACAAGCCCAGGUUCAAGCGCAACAAGCGCUCUCGCGGGCCCGGAGACAGCGUCUCCGUCGCAAUGGCCAAGCGCAUGGUGAGGCUUUUUGGGUUCCAUAUCCACGACGCGCCUGGCGAGGCCGAGGCCGAGUGCGCCCUUCUACAGCAGCAAGGUGUCGUGGAUGCAGUCUUGUCCGAGGAUGUGGAUACCAUAAUGUUCGGCUCCACGCUCACCUUGAGGAACUGGUCCUCCGAGGGCACACGGGCUGCAAAGACGCCAACACACGUGUCUGUCUACGACGCCCGAGAGCUGGGCCAGGGCGAAUCUGGUCUCGACAGGGAGGGGAUGGUGCUCGUUGCGUUGAUGAGCGGAGGUGAUUACAUUCCCGAGGGAGUACCAGGUUGCGGUGUCAAGGUUGCAUGCGAAGCGGCCAAGGCUGGGUUCGGCAGGAGGCUUUGUCGGAUCAAGAGGUCCGACCAGGACGCCCUGAGCGACUGGAGGGAGGAUUUGAUGAGCGAGCUGCAGACCAACAAAAGCAAGCUCUUCCGAACCAAGCACAAGGCCUUAUCGAUCCCCGAUGACUUCCCGAGCAUGGAGGUAUUGAGAUAUUAUACCCACCCGGUGGUCUCGCAGCCUGAGACGGUCGAGGCAUUGAAGAGAGAACUCCCAGCAAGGAGAGAGGUUGACAUCGCUGGUCUUCGGGCAUUCACGGCUGAGACAUUCGACUGGGUCUACAAGAUUGGGGCGGUCAAGUUUAUUCGAGUGCUCGCACCAGGCUUGUUGAACCAGGCCCUGAUGGAACUCAGCAAAAAACAGUUGGAAUCCGACGAUCCAGAUCUCCGCGAGCGCGUGGAGGCGGAGGUGGUCAAAUCGAUCAACACACGUCGACACCAUUUCAGUACAGACGGCACGCCAGAGCUUCGAAUCUCCUACAUCCCAAACGACAUCGUCGGGGUGGACCUAGAUGCCGAAGAGGACGAGGUCACGCCCACACACGGGAGGUCAGGUAUAGCACUCAACAGUGACGAUGAGGGCGGUGACCAGGUUGAGGAGGCCGAAACGGGACCGAAGAAGGUCUUCGAUCCUCUCCAACCCGAUCUCGCCUGGGUCCCCGAGACGGUGGCGAAACUAGGUGUGCCGCUUGCGGUGGAGGACUGGGAAGCAAAGCAACGAGCAAAACAGCUGGCAAAAGGAGUCAGGAAAGCACCAGCCAAGAAGCCCCAGAAGCCCCGGAAGAAAGCCCCGGAUAUGCCUACAGGGGCUCUUGAUCAAUACGUUCAGAGCACAAAGCCCAUCACAGUCUCUCAAAAGCCGUCCGAGUUACCACCGUUGCUCUUGUCAUCCUCCCCUCCGCUACAAAUACCGCGUUCUCUCACGGAUUCCGCAGUAACUGUCUCAAGGACGGUGAGCCAACGAGAACUUCGGCGUGUCCCAGCCUCCAAAGAUGGUCAACCCAAAUCAAGGGAGAUGCAGAAAUCGAAAGAAAAAGUGCCAGAGCUGUCGUUAGACACCAACCCCUGGACGAUAGCAAGCUCGCAAGCCACACCGAAGGCGUCCAGGACAAGGACAACAACGUCAGAGGCCAUAAUCAUCUCAUCCAGCCCUGUCGAUAUAAGACACUCGACGGCCAUCACAUCACCAUCGUCUCGCAAAAUGGGAGGCAAUACAAUACCUCCGAACCCUCCAGCCCGACCUAUAUUCAACAACUCUCAUGACAUUCCACCACACGAUGAUUCGCUCGACGUCGACGGCAGUCUAGCACAAGACAUACGGCCAAUCGAGGCAAGGCCAGGCUCAAGAAAGCACAGCUACCCAACGGACGAUUCACCUAGAAACCCAGCUGCUAAGCGCACUCAGAGAAGUACAAGCACAACCAAGCCCAGGUCAGUGGGGCCUCCGAGGCGAUCUGUCCCCCGUGCCCGGGCUCAACCGGCCGCGGACCAGGCCUCGAUCAAGAACUUCGGGAAGCUGUCCGAGACGAUGGGCAGGAGCAGUAUCAUGCCCGCCACAAAACCGCCCCCACCGUACGGCUUGGACUCGGACGAAGAGUUUGAAGAGCUGCACGCUCUCUGCUCGAAGAGAAAGGCCGCGGUGCGGGCCGCAGGCGGCCCGCGGCCUUCUGGUGGUGGCCCCAUCACAACACCUGACCUGGGGCUGCACAGCAACAGCAGCAGCAGUAACAAAGCUGCACCGCCAAGGACAAGUAGCAAUAGCGCCGAUGCUUCAAGAACGUCGCCAUCGUCACCAGCAAUGACCAAGGUCUACCUGCCCCGCACGAGCGACGUGGGGCUCGGCUACUUUACGGAGCUGGAGGUCACGCGGGAGGAGGCCGACCGCAUGGUCCGCGAGGAUGCGCUCGCCGCCGCAGCCGACCGGAGACCCGGUGGCUUCCGGGUAUGGAGGCAGAGCGAGACUUCGAUCUUGGAUUUGACGGGGGAGGAUUAGCCGGUGUUGAUUGGACAUUCCUCAAGUCGUGUUGGAUAGCCUAGGGGAGCGAGUGCUUUAGGCAUACAGCCUCCAUGAGUAAUGAUGACAUGAAUUCGACAAUGCGCCUACGA